CAUAUCUGCAUUCUACAGCAAGGAGUCUCUGCUUGCUUCCAUUUCAUAGGGAUAGACGAAGGAGCAGCGAGAGACAAGGGAAGUGCUGAACAUGAAGAUCCUCAAUCCCAUGAUGUUGCCAUACCAUUCAACAUCUUCGAAACUUCACGUUGUCAAUGCUAUUCCUUCAUCUCCUUCUCCAGUUGCAGUUAGGUCCCAUUGUUCUCUACCUCAACAUCCUCUCAGGUGCGCAGUGCUUGGUGCUGGAUUCGCUGGCCUCUCAGUAGUUUGGCAUUUGUUGAAACAUAGUCCUAAGGAGUUAAAUCUAAGAAUUGAUGUAUAUGAUGAAGUGGGUAUUGGAGGUGGUGCUUCUGGAGUUUCUGGAGGUCUUCUUCACCCUUAUUCACCAAAAGUUAAGCUUCUCUGGGAGGGUGCUCAGUGUUGGGAAGAAAGCUUAAAGCUUUUGAGAGUUGCUGAAGAAGCUAGUGUUUCCAGGAACCAUAAUAUUGGAGAAUCUACUGAAGAUAUGAAAGCCUUUGCUGCUGUCAGAAGGGGAAUCUUAAGGCCUGCAAUGGAUAUGAAGAAUAUGACCAAGUUGAGUGAGAAUGUCAAGACUUGCCUCCCUAACUGCAGAGUAGAAACACUUAAUAGUGAAGGGGCUCAGAAUCUUUUGCCUGGUGUGUGUUUACCAUUCAACUCAGGUUUCUAUAUGCCCAAAGCUCUUAAUAUCCGUUCUCAACACUAUCUUCAGGCACUUUUCCUAGCAUGUGAGAAUUUGGUGAAAGAAUCCUCCACCCUUGACUCGGGUCAGAAACAGCUCAAUUUACACAAAAGAGCUGUCCAUAGACUUUCUGAGUUUGAAGGGGAAUAUGAUGCUGUCAUAGUAUGCCUAGGUGCCAAAGUGAACAUGCUUCCUGAAAUCUCUGGGAGGCUUCCUUUGAGGACAUGUAGGGGUGUAAUUGUGCACCUGGAACUGCCAGAUGAUAUGAGAGGUUAUCCUGAAUCUGGGCCUUCCAUAUUAUCAGAUGCAUGGAUUUCUGUUCAGGGUCCUCGUAGUCUAGAUGUGGGCUCAACUUGGGAGUGGAAAUCCAUAAAUUCAUCACCAAAUGUUUCUACUGAUGAAGCUUCAGAAGCUCUUCUACAGCUUCUGCCAAAGGCAUCUAGCAUCUAUCCUGAAAUAAAAGACUGGGUUUUCACUGGAGCAAGAGCUGGUCUGAGAGCAAUGCCUCCACUCACCCCCCAUGGGUCACUUCCACUUUUGGGUUGUCUCAAUGAUGUCAUAGGAAGAAAUCAUACUUGCAAGUUUUGGUUAUUUGGAGGGCUAGGUUCAAGAGGGUUGCUAUACCAUGGUUGGCUAGGUAACUUGAUGGCACAUGCUGUACUUUCUUGUAAUGAAGAUGUUAUUCCAUCUGAGUUGACUUCUUGGAAAAACACUAAACCCAACUCUUAACAUUCAAUGCAAUGUAAAAAUAAUUGAAUCCCUUUAACUUGAGUUCAGAUUGAGUAGGGACAAAGUAAUCCUCUAUGUGGAGCAGUAUUAUUAUGUUACAACACCCUCAAAGUUUCUUGGUGAUAUACAUUAGUAGGCUAAUCCAUCAA